AUGGUGGCCAGCGUUCACUCUAGCCACUCCAAAAUUUUCAACUUUUCUUGGAUUCUGAAAAGGAUUGCGAAAUCAAAAAGUGUGUUUCAAAAAGAUUCAAGCUUUAAAAAUGGGCUAAGAUACAGAAGAGACCCUUGCUUCCGGUCAUACGGUGGACCAAAUGGAAGUUGGUCAUCAAGCUUCCGUCUCUUUUCACCAUUAGCAGCUGAAAUUUUUUGGAAUAUUCUGAUUGACUAG